GCCGUCCUCCCCUGUGUGGGGCGGGUCCUAUGGCGGUCCCGCUGCGCCUGGGCCGUGCCGCACGCUUGCUGCCGGUCGCUGCCGCUCGAGUUGCCGCCUCGCAGCCCGUUCCGCGCCGCUCUUCCUCCUCCUCUCGCCGCUCCGCGCCGCCUCCCGCCAUGCAGGCCUUCCAGUACCCCGACGUGUACCGCGACGAGGCCGCCGUCUCGGAUUACCAUGGACACCAAAUCAGUGACCCAUAUUGCUGGCUUGAAGAUCCUGACAGUGAGCAGACAAAGGCGUUUGUGGAGGCUCAGAACAAGCUUACAGUACCCUUCCUUGAGCAAUGCCCUGUCAGAGGACUAUUCAAAGAACGAAUGACUGAACUCUAUGAUUAUCCUAAGUACAGUUGCCACUUCAAGAAAGGAAAAAGGUAUUUCCACUUUUACAAUACAGGACUACAGAACCAGCGGGUUUUAUAUGUACAAGACUCCUUGGAUGCUGAUGCCAAAGUUUUUCUUGAUCCAAAUAAGCUUUCUGAUGAUGGCACUGUGGCUUUACGAGGUUAUGCAUUCAGUGAAGAUGGUGAAUACUUUGCAUAUGGCCUGAGUGCUAGUGGUUCUGAUUGGGUUACUAUCAAGUUUAUGAAAGUGCAAGGUCCUGAGGAACUUCCAGAUACACUGGAAAGAGUUAAAUUCAGUUGCAUGGCAUGGACUCAUGAUGGAAAAGGCAUGUUCUAUAACUGCUAUCCAAAACAAGAUGGUAAAAGUGAUGGUACUGAGACCUCCACUAAUCUGCAUCAGAAGCUGUAUUAUCAUGUAUUAGGAACUGACCAAUCAGAAGAUAUCCUGUGUGCUGAAUUUCCUGAUGAACCAAAAUGGAUGGGUGGAGCUGAGAUUANUGAUGAUGGUCGAUAUGUCUUGCUGUCUAUUCGAGAAGGGUGUGAUCCAGUGAACAGACUGUGGUAUUGUGAUCUCCAGACAGAGUCUCAGGGUAUAUCAGGAAUUCUUCAGUGGGUGAAGCUGAUAGAUAACUUUGAGGCUGAGUAUGAGUAUGUCACCAAUGAAGGAACAAUAUUCACUUUCAAGACAAACCGUCAUUCUCCAAAUUAUCAAUUAAUCAACAUUGACUUCAGUGACCCAGAGGAGUCCAAAUGGAAAGUUCUCAUCCCUGAACACAAAAAAGAUGUUUUAGAAUGGGUUGCUUGUGUGAGAUCCAACUUCCUUGUUUUAUGCUAUCUGCAUGAUGUGAAGAAUGUCCUGCAACUUCAUGAUCUAGCUACUGGUGCACAUCUCAAGACUUUCCCAUUAGAGGUUGGGAGUAUUGUUGGUUAUAGUGGUCAGAAGAAGGAUAGUGAAAUAUUCUAUCAGUUUACUUCAUUUUUAUCUCCAGGUAUUAUAUAUCACUGUGAUCUGACUAAAGAGGAACUGGAGCCAAGAGUUUUUCGGGAGGUGACUGUGAAAGGAUUUGAUCCUUCGGUUUACCAGACAAUUCAGGUUUUCUACCCUAGCAAAGAUGGUACUAAGAUCCCCAUGUUUAUUAUUCACAAGAAAGGGAUUAAAUUGGACGGUUCUCAUCCUGCCUUCUUGUAUGGAUAUGGAGGCUUCAACAUAUCAAUUACACCAAGCUAUAGUGUAUCAAGACUUAUUUUUGUGCGACACCUGGGGGGUGUUCUAGCAGUGGCAAACAUCAGGGGUGGUGGUGAAUAUGGAGAGACCUGGCACAAAGGUGGUAUCUUGGCCAACAAACAAAACUGCUUUGAUGACUUUCAGUAUGCUGCCAAAUACCUCAUCAAAGAGGGCUACACAUCUCCAAAGAAGCUGACUAUUAAUGGAGGUUCAAAUGGAGGCCUCUUAGUUGCUGCCUGUGCUAAUCAGCGUCCUGACCUCUUUGGCUGUGUUAUUGCCCAAGUGGGAGUAAUGGAUAUGCUAAAGUUCCACAAGUACACCAUUGGCCAUGCUUGGACUACUGACUUCGGCUGCUCUGACAAUAAAGAACAGUUUGAAUGGCUGUACAAGUAUUCUCCACUUCACAACGUUAAACUACCAGAAGAAGAUGGCAUCCAGUAUCCCUCUAUACUGCUGCUCACAGCAGACCAUGAUGACCGUGUGGUCCCUCUACAUUCACUGAAGUUUAUUGCUACUCUGCAAUAUGUUGUGGGCCGAAGCCGUAAACAAACCAAUCCACUUCUCAUCCAUGUUGACACCAAAGCUGGGCAUGGAGCAGGAAAGCCAACUGCUAAAGUUAUAGAAGAAGUGUCAGAUAUGUUUGCUUUUAUAGCACGUUGCCUAAAUCUUGAUUGGAUUGAAUAGGCGAAAUGCUUAUUACUGUCUCCUUUAGGAAAAAAAGGGCUUUAACACCUUUUAAGACCAACCAGAUUACUACUUGGUGUAGUACUUACAUUUAAGAACUGCAGUUCAAUAUUUUAUUGAUCCAACCUGCUAUGGAAUUUUGAUCUGUGCUUCCCUUUUUUUAGAGUUUCUUUGAAUUUCUUUUCUACUGUGUUUCAAAGUACAUAUUAAGUAGCAUGUUCAAAUACAGUGCUGUUGUGAACAUCUAGAUUCCAGAUGUAGUGUUAGUUGAGCUGAUUUCAUGUAAACAAUUUUAAUGUAUUUUGCACCUAUAAACAUAUCCAGAUCAUCUGUAAUUAAAUGUAAGUACUGUCCACAUACAAGAACUCUGAGCAUACUUUAUUUACACAGUAACUUAUUUAAGAAUGGAAAUGUAAAAUGUUCUUUGAUAAUCAUGAAAUAUUGAGGAGAUAGUAGUCUAGGUAAUUAAUUACGCCAAUAUGAUUAAAAACAUGAUAUUAUUUCAUACUGUUUGUAACAGUGUGUUACAGUCCAUAAUAAUGUUGCCAAAUUGUCUUUUCUUACCACAAAGACUUGAAACUGUCCAUUGUCUCUUCUGCUGUUUAUUUUCACAAAGAAGAGAGAACUGGAAUCAGGAAUACUUGAAGAACUCUUCAGACACUCAGUUAUCAGUCAAGGUAUGCAUACACACUUCACAGUGUUGCCUGUCUACUGUUAACUCUCAACUAUUUUUAAACUGUAGACAGAUUUGUCUAGAUUGCUCAAAUACACAUUUUCCCAGUACA